CUCGCAUCGGGCAUUGUUGUCAACCUCAUGGUGGUGGCCGCGGGAACGUUCACCGUGUUGAGUCGGCCAAGUGCGUCGUUGGCGCUUCAGAGCGCAGUCCUGCAGGCUGUCCAGCGUGGCGCGGCGACGGCCAAAACACUCAAGGAAUUGGCCACCGUGGUGCAAGCCGAUCUCGACGACAAGCACGGUCUCGGCUGGCAUGUGGUCGCGGGCAAGGACUUUGCCGUCGACAUUCGCUACCGCAAGGGUUGCUGUGCUGUUCUGCACAACAAGGCCGCUGGGAUCAAGGUCGUUGUGUACCGCACGACCGUUGCGACGACGGCCACCUCCACCGCUGGGUCCAUCGCGCUUCCUUCCGAAGCCGCGUCCGACAGCAUCAAAUCGACCGUGAUGGAGUCAGACAUGCCAGCGCCAUUCCAGUCGAGUGUGUUGUCUAUCUGCCAACGCCUUGCCGCCACAUCGGGCGAGUCGGACGUGUUGUGCAGUAAACUGAAGACGUGGCUAACCCAGCAAUAUGGCAACACGUGGCAUGUCGUUGUGUCGUCCGGGUCGCGGGACUUGGUCGGCGCUGUGCAUUGGAAUGCCGGGACGUUUUUGGACGUCGUGAUUGUCCCGUCCCUCUCGUCCGUGUCAAAGAAGCAACAAGCGCAGCAACACGUGCGCUUCCUCAUGUACCAACACGGUGGGUUCGACGGAUCAUUGGAUCUCAUCACGCUGCUCCAUCGCGUGUGCUUGGUUCUGGCCGCCAUGGCCGGGGCGCUCUUUGUCUUUUACCGCAUGUCGUACCGCCCCGAGUGUGUCCAUGUCGCAGAUGACAUCGAGUGUACCGACGCAGAACAUGUCAAAGCUGUGGCCGGUGACCAUGGACAGUUCAUUGCGACCGUGGUCGUUGUUGUGCUCAUUGGCGCCGCGUCGCUCCUCCGAGUCAGCCGCAAUGCCAUUCGCCAAAAGGUCAAGCACAUUUAGUCGCCGUCGAGUGUGCCAAGCUGGAAUCGAAUGAAUGGUCAAAGGAAUUGCGGGACUUGCAACUCCAUCGAGUCCGUGCCGCGUCCCGAGCAUAGUGUAUCCAAUGACGCCACACUUUCGAACUCGUGCAAGAUCGACACAUGUGGCCAUCGCGCCCCUCCGCGCGAUCGCCAUCCGUCGGCGCACCGCACCAGCUCAAGCACAAUGCCAGAUCACAAACUUUCAUAGCUA